CCCUCCUGUUCUAUGCACACGACAAAUAUUCAAAUCACCCACAUAUAUCCUAUCUCUAUCUAUGCAUAUACAUAAACCUCUAUAAAUACCAUUUCGAUAUAUACAGAUAUACGCUUCAAGAAACUCAUUAUAUAAAUUUCGAUAUUCAAAGAAAUUGCAACUGGAACUCACAACCAAUUCAGCUACUUCGACGAUGAACAAACAGGAGCAAUACUUGCGAGUCUUCCGCUACUUUGACGGAAACGGUGACGGAAAAAUAUCGGCGGAGGAGCUCGAACAGUGCGUGAAAUCAAUAGUGGGGGAUCAAACUAACGGCGGCGGUCUGAAUUUAUCGUUGAAAGAGGCGGAGGCGGUGGUGGCGGCUUUAGACGGAGACGGGGACGGGCUGCUGGGAGUGGAGGAGUUCAUGAGGUUAACGGAAGGUGACGGCGGAGAGGAGGAAUUGAGGGAGGCGUUCAAGUUGUAUGAGAUGGAAGGGAGUGGGUGCAUAACUCCGAGGAGCUUGAAGAGGAUGCUGAGCAGAUUGGGGGAGAGGAAGACGAUGGAGGAAUGUGAAGUGAUGAUCGCUCAGUUUGAUCUUAACGGAGAUGGAGUUAUUAAUUUUGAUGAGUUUAGGGUUAUGAUGCUCUGAAAAGCCUUUUAAAAAAGGUAAAUUAUUAAAUUAAUUUUUUAUUUUUGAUAGUUUUAUUAUUUAACUUUUAAUAUUUUUUGUUACAAUUUAGUUUUUGAUAUUUAAAAUAAACAAAAAAAA